AUGAGGUUCCAUGUUUUGGCGAAGGUCACGGCGAAUCUGCCGUUCAACAACAUCGAUGCCGAGCAGCUGAGCAUUCCAGAGGACGUGAAGCUGGCGGAUCCGCACUUCUACCGUCCUGGACCUGUGGACAUGAUCAUUGGAGCAGAGCAUUACUAUGACCUGUUGUCCGAUGGUAAGAUGAAGCUUGGAGAAGCAAGCCCGACGAUCCAGAACACCGAGCUCGGCUGGGUGGUGUCUGGCGUUGUCAACGGAGUAGCGGCGAAGCUACCACGGGUCGUAGCGAACCAGAACUCAGCAGAAGCAGAAGCGUUGGCGGAGAUCAACGAUUUGCUGGCCAAGUUCUGGGAGUUGGAGUCGUGUCAGACGCCGAGUACACAUUCGCUCGAGGAGAGCGCCUGCGAGGAUCUGUUCAGGGCGGACACCGUGCGCGACGAGACCGGUCGGUUUGUCGUCAGACUGCCGAAGAAGCAGACGAUCCUGCAGAGUCUAGGCGAGUCGAGGUCGAUCGCGAUGAAGCGGUUCUACGGGCUGGAAAGGCGGCUCACCGCUAAUCCAGAACUGAUGAAGCAGUAUUCUGACUUCAUUCACGAGUACCUGGAGAUGAGACACAUGGAGGAGGUGAAAGAAGACACGGAGGAGAAGCAAGCGUACUAUUUACCUCACCAUGCUGUGCUGAGACCAGACAGUACGACCACCAAGUUGAGAGUAGUAUUUGACGCCUCAUGUGCCACGUCGUCUGGAGUCUCGCUGAACGAUGCUUUGAUGGUAGGGCCGGUGGUCCAGGAUGAUUUGCUGACCAUCAUUCUUCGCUUUCGUUUGCGGAAGAUCGCCGUCGUCGCAGACGUCGCAAAAAUGUACCGCAUGGUGAACGUUCACCCAGAUGACCAGGAUCUGCAGCGGAUCUUGUGGAGGGACUCGCCGAGCGAACCUGUGCGCACCUUCAAACUCACUACGGUGACGUACGGAACGGCGUCGGCGCCCUACCUGGCCACGAAAUGCUUGCGCACGGUCGGAGAAGAGGUGGAAACCACACAUCCGCUGGCGGCGAAGACCAUCAAGCAUGACUUUUAUGUCGACGAUAUGCUCUCGGGAGCCGAUUCGAUCGAGGAAGCGCAGAAGCUGGUUGGAGAGACCAGCGAGCGGCUGAUGGCGGCCGGGUUCCUGCUCAGGAAGUUUCGAAGCAGCGACAACGCCGUGCUGGAAGCCAUCCCCGAGGAGCUGCGAGACGAAGGAGGUGCGAAAGAGUUGGAUUCGUCGACUGCCGCUGUGAAGACACUGGGUCUGCUGUGGGACUCGAGCAGCGAUGAGUUCAAGUUCAAAACGCCAACGUGGAAUGCCGCUACGGUGUUCACAAAGCAGACGGUGCUGUCAGACACAGCACGCAUUUUCGAUCCCGUUGGACUGGUCGGACCAGUUGUUGUGAUCGCCAAGAUCUUCCUCCAGAAGCUGUGGAAAAAAGGAAUCGAUUGGAAAGAGCCGUUGCCAGAAAAUCUUGUGCACAUUUGGGAGGAGUUUCGACGAAACAUGAUGAGCUUUGACAACAUCGCUGUGCCACGUUGGGUCGGUUUUAGCCUGCAGUGUGUCAAGCUUGAGCUGCACGGAUUUUGCGAUGCAUCGCUUGAGGCGUACGGAGCGUGUUUUUACACGCGCAGCACCUGGAGCAACGGUGGCGUGUCGGUCAACCUGCUGACGUCGAAGACUAAGGUGGCGCCGAUGACCGACUUGAAGCGACGAACCAAGGAGGAGACGAUCCCGCGACUGGAGUGCUCGUCAGGACUGCUGAUGUGCCACUUGCUGCAGAAGAUACGCCCACUGUUUCGGUCGACAUCGAGAUCCAUCUGUGGACGGAUUCGAUGGUCGUAA